AUGGCGGACAGGAGAGCGGAGAAGUCAUGUGAAGAAGCCAGCAGAUCGUUAGUCAGGCGGGAGUACGAGGCGGCAGUCAGCCACAGCACAGACGCCCUGGUGGUCCUUGCACCCCAAGCCCCAUCAUCCGGUGCCCCUGUCCCGCCAAGCCCUCCAGCCCUUGUUGCUGCCGCCGGACCCCUCCGCAGCCGUGCCCUGCUCUACCGCAUUGCUGCCUUCUUGCAGCUGAAAAACUAUGAUGAAGCAGAUGAAGACUGUAAACAUGUCCUGGCAGAAGAGAUUGCCAGGGGAGAUGGUUCGCUUCAGGCCAGCUUGCGCUCCAUGCUGUUGGAUGGCAGCCUGCAGGAGGUGGCCAGCAUCCUCUCUAAAGCCUUGUAUGGAGAGCCAAUGAAUGGUAUUGUCGCAAAAGACCUUACCAGAUUAAAAAUGCUCUUGUCAGAGAUAGAGGCUAUAAAUAGGGAGAUGGCACCAGAAUACACAGAUGACCAGGAGGAAGAGGUCCAAGAUGGCUGGCAGUUCCGGCCUCCUCCCCGAGGAGUCACCAGCAGUGAGGAGUACACCCUCUGUAAAAGGUACUUGGAGCAGGGCCUGUGUCGGUAUGGGGCCCAGUGUACAUCAGCCCACUCUCAGGAGGAGCUGAUGGAAUGGCAGAAGCGCUAUGCGUCACGCCUCAUCCGGCUCAAACAGCAGCAGGAGAGCAAACACUUCACCGAGAACUACAUGGAGACCCUGAUAGAGAAGUGGAUGAAUUCCCUUUCCCCAGAGAAAGUGCUAAGUGACUACUUAGAAGGAGUGAAUGUAGAAACCAGCUCCAGCCUCUCUGUUACUGUCACCACCAAAAAGUCCUCCCACUCCUGGACCUUCUCCUUGUUGUGCAAGCCGGCUAGAAAGCUGUACCGCAUCGCCCUGCUCUAUGAUGCCCACCGACCACACUUCUUCCUCACAGGGGUGUCAGCUGGGGAGCGGCUGCAGGCCCUCCCCAAAGGCUGCCAAGAGUGGACUCCGGGAGAGGAAACAGGAGUGGCAGCAGACAACGGCCUUGACCACUGUAUCUACAAGGUGGCAGUGGGCUUCAGCACAGAAAUCUUUGGUACCUUCCGACAGACCGUUGUUUUUGACUUCGGCUCAGAACCUGUGCUGAUGCAACGGAUCAUGGUGGAUGCUGCCUCCAUUGAAGACCUGGAACACCUGAUGGCAGCCAGGCAGCAACUCUUGAUCACUGCAAAGCGCUGGGACUCAUCCUGUAAGACCAUCGUAGAGUUCUCUCCCAAUGAAACGAUGGCAGAUUUGGAGCGCAGCCUCCUCGCCCGCUAUCAGAUCCCUCUGUCGGCCGACCAGCUCUUCACCCAGUCAGUCCUGGACAAGACUCUGACCAAAGACAACUACCAGGCCCGACUGCAUGACCUGCUCUACAUAGAAGAGAUUGCACAAUAUAAGGAAGUUAGCAAGUUCAACAUCAAAGUGAAUCUCCAGCUCGUCACCAGCUUCAUGCUGACAGGCAUUUCUGUUGGAGCCAAGUAUGCCCAGAAUGGACAGCUCUUUGCACGGUUCAAACUCACUGAAACACUUUCUGAGGACACAUUGGCUGGACGGCUAGUGAUGACCAAGGUAAAUUCAGUCCUGCUGCUGCCAUUGGGCCGUGAGGGGGUUAGCAGCCAGCCGCCCCCUGGGGUCAAAGAGCGUGUUUACGAGGCUGUGAUCGAGGAGAAGACCAAGGACUACAUCUUCCUAAGGAUCUGCAAGGACUGCUGUGAGGAGCUGGGGCUGCUGCCUGACAGAGAACUACAGGUGGAGCUCCAGUUCCAGCUGAACAGACUGCCACUCUGUGAGAUGCACUAUGCCCUGGAUCGCAUCAAAGAUAACACCAUCCUUUUCCCCGACAUCGGCCUUGUCCCCACCAUCCCCUGGAGCCCCAACAGGCAGUGGGACGAGCAGCUGGAUCCCCGUCUGAAUGCCAAGCAGAAAGAGGCCAUCCUGGCCAUCACCACACCCCUCACUGUUCCCCUGCCCCCAAUCCUCAUCAUUGGGCCCUACGGCACCGGCAAGACCUUCACCCUGGCACAGGCUGUCAAGCACAUCCUCCGCCAGGACCACAGCAGGGUCCUGAUCUGCACCCAUUCCAACAGUGCGGCCGACCUUUACAUUAAGGACUACCUUCAUCCUUACGUUGAAGCAGGCAAUCCACAUGCCAGACCUCUCAGGGUAUACUUCAGGAACCGCUGGGUAAAGACCGUUCACCCAGUGGUCCAGCAGUACUGUCUCAUCUCCAGCACACACAUCACUUUCCAGAUGCCCACAAGGGAGGACAUCCUCAGGCACCGCGUGGUGGUGGUCACCCUCAGCACCUCCCAAUACCUCUGCCAGCUUGACUUGGAGCCUGGGUUCUUCACUCAUAUCCUGUUGGAUGAAGCGGCCCAGGCCAUGGAGUGUGAAACCAUCAUGCCUUUUGCUCUAGCUAGCAAGACCACCCGCAUCGUGCUGGCUGGAGACCAUAUGCAGCUGAGUCCGUUCGUGUACAGCGAGUUUGCGCGGGAGCGUAACCUGCAUGUGUCACUGCUGGACCGGCUGUAUGAGCACUACCCCCCUGAAUACCCUUGUCGCAUCCUCCUGUGCGAGAACUACCGCUCUCAUGAAGCUAUCAUCAACUACACGUCAGAGUUGUUUUAUGAUGGGAAGUUGAUGGCAAGUGGGAAGCAGCCCUCCCAUAAGGACUUCUACCCUCUGACCUUUUUCACAGCCAGAGGAGAGGAUGUCCAGGAGAAGAAUAGCACUGCCUACUACAACAACGCAGAGGUAUUUGAGAUCGUGGAGCGGGUGGAGGAGUUGCGCAAGAAGUGGCCAGUGGCGUGGGGCAAGCUGGACGACGGCAGCAUUGGAGUUGUGUCACCAUACGCCGACCAGGUGUUCCGCAUUCGUGCUGAGCUCCGGAAGAAGAGGAUGCACGAAGUCAGCGUGGAAAGAGUGCUCAAUGUCCAAGGUAAACAGUUCCGGGUGCUGUUCCUCAGCACGGUGCGGACGCGGCAUACCUGUAAACACAAGCAGACGGCCAUCAAGCGUAAGGAGCAGCUCGUUGAGGACUCAACAGAGGACCUCGACUAUGGAUUCCUCUCUAACUACAAGCUACUCAACACGGCCAUCACCAGAGCCCAGUCCCUGGUUGCAGUUGUGGGAGACCCCAUAGCACUGUGCUCUGUUGGGCGCUGCAGAAAAUUCUGGGAGCACUUUAUCUCCAUCUGCCACGAAAACUCGAGCCUACACGGCAUCACCUUUGAGCAGAUCAAGUCUCAGCUGGAGGCCCUGGAGCUCAAGAAGACCUAUGUCCUCAACCCGUUGGCUCCAGAGUUUAUCCCCCGUGCCCUCAGGCCCAUGCAAGGGCACCACUCGUCUUCGCAGGCCCUCCAUCCCCACCAUCAUCCACAUCCUCAGCAUGCGCAGCCAGCCUCCAACAAGCAGGGUCCACAGCAGCAGCAACAGCAGCAGCAGUCGCCCCCCAAGGGGAAACAUGCAAACCACACAGAACACCUUCCACCUGAAGGAUAUGUCCAACCCAACCCAGCUGUGCUGAUGGGAAACCCUAUUCGGGCAUUCACACCACCCUUGGGUAGCACACCAGCUGGCAUGGGCAAAUCACCCAGUCCUGUUCAGAGGAUAGAUCCACAUACAGGCGCCAGUAUCCUCUACGUCCCAGCUGUGUAUGGUGGAAACAUGGUCAUGUCCAUGCCCCUGCCUUUGCCGUGGCCAGGUUACCAGAAUCGCUUUGCUGUGGACCCUCGCAUCAUGAGCCACCCAGCAGCCAUGGCCUACAACUUCAAUCUGUUGCAAGCCCAGAAUCGAGGCUCCCCCAUCCCUUACAGUGGGGUGGCCCAUCCCUCUCCUCUAGGAAUGGGCCAGCCCAGCCCUGACAAGGAGCUACAGGCAGACCCUAUCAGAAAUGGUAAAUUAGAAGGAUGUCCAAAGUCAGAACAGAGCCGUCUUCAGACACCAGAGAGGAAAACCGCAGACAUGAAGGAAAAACAGGGAGAUUUAGACACAGGCCAAAGUCGAAGUCUGGACUCGCAGUCAGACGGGCUAGUCGGAUUUCCCAAUGCGCUGCUCCAUCGAAAAGAUCCGUCAGCUGCCCAAAGACCCCUCAACUACCACCUGGCACCACCCAACCCAGCUUUUCCUCCACAUCCUGCCAGUGGAAGAGCCUUCCCUCCACAGUAUCCAGUCUCCAGGCUUCCUUAUCGGGUCAACCAGCCUCAGCACCCAGGGAUGGCCCAACAGAGUCAACAGCAGCAACAACAGCUCAGCCCUGCCUACACAGGUGGAAGCCACAACGCUUCCUUCUUCAGUGGCCCAAUACCCCCUCACAGAGCUGUCCAGUCUCCCACUUUGGAUGGGCCGGAGCCUGGAGGGGUGGAGGAGAUGAGUAGUUCCAUUAGGACUCCAAUGGGUCACCCAGGGGGGCACCACCCAGGCCUCUCACAGCAUAACAGGGUCAGCAGCUUUGGGGAGGACGCACAGGAUGGAAGCCUGGGAGAUAGUUUGGACCUCCAGGGUCCCUUGGCUUUAGAGGCCCUGAGCCAGCAGCAGCAGCAGCAACAGCAGCAACAGCAGGCGGCCAGACUGGGCCAGUGGGGAGAGACGGCGGGACACUUUCUACAGGGUAACGUCGCCUUCCCUCUGCCCCAACAGCUCGCCCACCUCGCUCAGCCCGGCAUGGCUCGCUUCCCCCAUCAGCUGCUUCGGGCAGCUAAUUGGGGCCUUAGUGCCAACAUGGAGGAUGACGCUGUUACUCCUGCCUCCACUGGGCCACCUUUCAACAGAUACCCUGGCCUCUUGAGAGAGAUGCCCCCACAGGAACAGCCUGAACCCAGGGACGCAGCUGAGAUGCAGCCCCCACCUCAGUCUCGUCUCCUCCAGUACCGCCAGUCCCAGUCCCGUGCCUCAGGUGACCCGUCAUCCUCCUUAGCUGCCACCUCCAAUCAUGCUGGCCCUUUCCCAUCAGGACCUUACUCCCAUGAUGCAGGCCGCGACCUCCUCAGUGACAACCUUCUAAACAACCCAGCUCUGCAGCAGCAGCAGCAACACCCAGGGAACCCCCUGUAUAAUACUGGUAGCUACCCACACCAGCCACCAGCCCACUCUGCUAGCCCCCCUCCCUCCCAGGUCAAAUACCUUCUGCAAGAGGCCCAGUGGCCUCAUGGCGGAGCUGCAUCAGUAAGCCCACCGCAGCAGAAUCACCUGUUGGGGAACCAGGGCCACGGCCUUCCUUACGGACUGCCCAUCAUGGCUCACCCCAGCAGACAGGAGCAAGUCCACCUGAUGCAACUUCACCAUCACCAUCAGCACCAGCAACAGCAGCAGCAGCAGCAACAACAGCAGCAGCAACAACAGCAACAACAACAACAACAACAACAACAACAACAACAACAGCAGCAGCAACACCAACAGAAUCAAGGUCCAGACCAGGAGUCCUACCACCCUCUGUCCCCCAGAACAUCAGCAGCCAAAGCCCUUCACAAUGUAGAUGAGUAUGAACCCAGAGGUCCAGGCCGGCCCCUCUAUCAGCGGCGCAUCUCCUCCAGCUACCCAGAUGAAUCGUCUCCAGCCAACGCCCACAAUGCCCUGUCCCAGCAGCCCCAGCCCUGCACAUCAGACCCCCAGGACCACCCUCAUCCGCACAUACAGCAUCAUCAGCACCCACACGCCCCCUACAGUUACCCCUCACAUGACCUCUGGCCCAGUAACGGUGGGGGUCCCGGUCCGUUCCAGAACAUUCCAUGUAACGGAGCCGGCACACUUGCUCAUCACCGGGACCUUCUGGCUUCCAAGGCCCUUCGUCAGACGGAGGAGCAGGUGAAGGCCGAGGCCACAGCAGCACAGCAGCCACACCCACACUCCCUCAAUUCCCUUCAGCACCUUGGACAGUUUCCUCCUCUCAUGCCCAAUAACAAGCAGCAGCAGCAGCAGCAGCAGCAGCAGCAGCCGCCACCGCCGCCACCGCCACAGGCUCCCACAGAAGCCAGCCAGGGAGCUCCAAAUUUAAACAAACCACCCACCAUGUCCUAUGCCAGCGCCCUCCGCGCUCCACCCAAACCCCGAGCUGUUCGCCCUGAACAGGUCAAAAAGAACAGCGACCCCCUGUCCCUCCUACAAGAGCUGAGUAUAGGAAGUUCAAAUGGUAGCAAUGGGUACUAUUCCUACUUUAAAUGAGUGUCUCUCCCAUAUAAUAAGUAAGUGAUGAAAUAAAAAAACAAAAAAAACGAAACAAAAAAAAAGCAAAACAGUUCCAAAAACAAACAAAAAAAUAGUGCAAAGUGCAUUUACAAAUUGUUUCUAUCAGUAGGUUUGUUUUCUGCAUUUUGUUUCAUUUUAACUUUUUAUUUGUAACAGUCAUCUUUUCUCCUGUUUCACAUAUCUGUGAAGAAAAUAAGUAUAUAUAAUGAAUGCAUUACUGGUAUAUAUACAUACUCAUUAUGUAUAUAUGAAUAUAUACUUAUAUUAUCUACACUUGUAUAUGUACGUAAUGCUAAAAAAAGUUAUAAAAAAAAAAAUAAAAAUAAAUAAAUAAAAAUAAAAAAAGGCAAGAGUUGGUUGACCACUUAGCUACCUGCAUAUUUUUCCUUAUUGAAGUUGGUUUUGUUGGUUACUAAAUAAGUAUGUUGAAGUUUUUAUCAUUUUGUAUUCUUCAGUUUUGAGUGGACGUUACGUCUUGAUUUUCAUACUACUGUAGUCGUGGUAACGGACAAAAGCUAAGUGGUCAACUGACGCAGAAACUACAUGGAACAGUGUAUAGAAGUAGAUAAAUUUUCCUCUAAUCUGUAAAUAUAAAGAAAAUAAAAGACUGAAUUGUAUGCCACAGACAUGUCCUUAAAUUCCUGUAUCAUGCUAGCAUUUGCAUUAUGAAUUAUUUUCUGUUUGUUGGCUUCUGAUCCUUAAUUCUUAGACACCCUGGGAAUAGCUGGGAAUUAUCUUUUGUGAGUUAGUAGUAAAUGUGAUUAUUUACUGAAAAAUAACAAUACAAAUAUUGAUUGCGUAUUUUACUUUUCACCAACGUUUCAUCAGCAACAGUAGAUACAGUGUGAAAAUGUCAAAAUAGCAACAACAUGUCAUUCCUCCUUUGUUUGUGUUAAGGAUCAGAGAACACCAGACGUCGCUUUCUAUGAUAAGAAUAUCCCAAACUGCUUCGCUUGUGGCCGAUGCUCAGUCAUUUUAUUUUAUUUCUUUUUGUUUGUGUAAACAGAAAUUUUUCACCAUGGAGAUGUUUCAAAAUCUGCUGGGGAUAUGAAAUGAGUUUUUAUUUUUUGUGCCUAGAAUUGACAUUAAGCUUUUUUUGUUUUGAAAAGGUUGCAGUACUCUGAAGGUUUGUGAAAGUGAAGAGAGAGUGGUGAGGUCAGAGUGGUGUGUCACGAUUGGUAAGUUGAAGCCGAGGGUGUGAUGAACACUGCCAGACGUUUUUGAACACGUGAACUGUCAGUAUUUUUUGGUUAAAUCUGAAGUAUAUUGAAACUGUAGAAUCACAGUAAAUACCCUGACAUUUAAAAAUACACAUCAGUAAUUCACCAGUGUUGGAGGUUUUUGAUUUUAUCCUAAAUGGCCUAGAUGUCAUCAGUGUAGCAAAGAGCGGACUGUGUAUUAUUCUGAUUGUUAAUGCUGUCUAUGCUCUUAACACACUGUUGGUCCCAGAUGCUUUUCAGUCAGAAUUUCCCAGUUUCUAGAUGACUUUUCAUAAAAUGAGCCAGACUGCCCAAAGAUAAUUUUCUCUGUAAGACAAUCCAUUAAUCUGUGGAACCUUAUCAUAAACAAUAAUCAUAUAUCUCUCCCAUGAGCUAAUAUUUGCUUCAGGUUGUAACAGAAACAUUGAUCAUUGGCCAUAAUAAGUGAAAAGCAUUUCCGUAUCACUAAUAUUUUUUUCUGUGCACAUUAGGAAAUGCAAAGCAAACACAUCCUCCAUCUGUUUCAACACUCAGAGAUUUAACCAAAAAAGUAAUGCAGUAAAAGUUACUAUACAAUAAUUUGUUCAAAAUCGUGUGACUGUCAAAGUGUCUGUUUUUUAGACUGUGCAUAAUAAGAAUGAAUCAGUAAUGUCGUGCACGUUGUUCCUGGUCAUUCAGAGAAUUACAUUAUUCGCUGUUUUUCAGUCUGAUCUGAUUAAUAUAUUAAUUAAUAUUAAAGCAGUAGAUUAAUCUCAUUUCCUCUGUUUUAAAGGGUAAGUCUGAUAUUUUUCAACCUGGACCCUAUUUUAUGUUGUUGUAUCAAAGUGACUGAUGGGAACAAAAAAACUUGGAAUUGGUUCAGUACUGAGCGACACUACAGGAUGCAGUGUAACACUCGGGGCAUUUGCGCACUGUAAUGUCUACUUAAAGUGUAAGUUUCAGAUUAUUAUUCAAAUUAUUAUUAUAAGUGUCUGACAAGAUUAUUGAAGAGACCUUUUUUGUUAAAGACCAGAAACAGCCCGAAAAUCACUAUCACCAAACCCACCAGACUCCAUAUAGAUAAACGGUUAUUUCAUCAUAGUAAAACACACUUGAUUCAAAGUCAACAGGAGAAAAAUAAAACUCACAAUAGCCCACUUGGUUUGUUUUUCACUGCUCCAACAAUCACCAACUUUGGUUUGGUUGAAAUAAACCCUUAAUUUACCCAGCUAGAUGUGAAAGUAUGCUGGCUCUAUACACACUUAAAUUUCUCUUUUUUUAAAUGGAGUCUGGUGGGCUUGGCGAUUACGAUGUUGGAGCUCUUUCCUGUUAAAUAAAAAGGAUCUUACUCUUUGAUAAAAGAGCCUGUCAGUGGCAAAAACAAGCACUUUGAUUGGGCGUAAAUUGAUGGGUGAAUAAGCCUGAUUGGUUACAUUACAGCCUUCUACGAGGCUGCUGGCUGCAGUGCUCUCACUGAAUACUGGAUCAGUUUUUAAAAAAUGUUCCCAUUAGUUACUUAGACACAAAAACGUGGGCAAUAGGGUCCAUGUUGAAAAAUACUGAACUAACCCUUUAAUUGAAAAAGCUCUGACCAAGUUUUACAUUUGCGACAUUCACGUGACUUUCUUUUCUCACAACCUAAAACACAUGAUGAACAUAACACAGUGACAAUUCAUGUUUGAGCUCCAGUCAGUGAGUUGCUUGAUAUUAGUUGACACACACAUACACUCACACACACGGAGGCCACACAGCUUACAUGCACAUGAGUUUCACUGCUUACACACUGAGGCCCCGGUGAUCUGAAGGCCCUUGCAGGUAAAAUAUAAAAACGAUGCUGAUCCUACAUCUGCCAGGGUUUUUCCUUUAUAAUGAAAGCAAUACUGGAAACAGUCAUCCAGUGCUCAGUCCUGCUCUAUGUAAUUAAUUUUAAUUGUUGAAACACCACUGCCCCAUUUGCAAAUUGAUGAAAUUGUAAUAAUGUCACCCUGCCGUCUCAUGGCGUCCACACGGCAGUUAGUCACUGUUAAAUCUCUCAAAGUGUCACGACUUGAGAGAGCUAGUACCCCACGACUAAUAACUUAGAUGUGUUUGUAACAGUCAGCGGAGAGCUUCAUGGUUUUAUUUGUACGUGUUUUAAGUUUUGACAUUGUAUUUCGAAGGUCCAGAUUUUUUGACUUAGCGGAGAACAACACAUACUUGUAAAUAUGCAUUUUCUAGGUAUUUACAAACAAGAACUUUGGGAGCGCCUCAAUUUUGUAGAAGCUGUUCAAAGAAGAGGUAUGCCCUUUUUAAUUAUGCAAAUUCACAAAAAAAUAAUAAUAAUUCUAGAAAUGGAUAACAACAACCCAGUUGGUAGUUGCGACAUCUUGUUGUAACUUUUUAGAUUUUCUCUUUUCUGUUUUUUUAAGACGGUGUCUGGCUGAUUUGACAAAGAGGAGACUUUGUGUUGCAGCUGUUAUAAGAGAACUUAUUUCACUGUACAAUACAUAUUUUUAAGUGUAUGUUGCUGGAUUUGUCCUGUUCUGUUUUCUCACCGCUGUACAACAAUCAACAUGGAUAUUUUUUUUUUUUUUUUUUUUUUUUUUUUUUUAAUGUGAAGACUUUUCUUUUCAUGCAUGUUGAGAUGACCUGGCUGGUUUUUAUCCCUGUUUUUAUCAGUUUGUAUUGAUUUGUGGAUGAAGAAAAUGAAAAAGAAAAAGAAAAAAAAAAGCUUUUGUUCAACCUACAGAGUCAAAUUUUGGUAUAUUAUUUGAUGUGUACAAUAACUUGUGACAUUAUCAACAAAACUAUUAUGAUAUUUUACUAACAUGUCAAUCAAAUAUGUAAUGGUCAUGUAAGUUCUUUUUUUUUUUUUUUUCCUGCAGUUACUUAGCAGGGCUAAAGCUGAGGUUGCUCCCUGGUGUGCGUCGUAUUUACGAAGCUUCUGUUUGUUUGGGGAAUCAUUUCUCCCCAGAGCAAAGUCGUUGGCUAAUCUCUAAAGUUGUGCAAUACUAAUAUUUCACCGCUUCUUCACUUUUAUUUAUUUUUGAAGCAGAAGAGAUUGAGCCAAAGACAUUUUAAAGGGAUUUUUAUUUACAAAUUUUUGUCAUUGCUGAUUUAUUUUUAAGGCUUCAUUUUUGUCCUUUGCUUCCAAAAUGAGUUUGACAGAAUCUGUGAAACGAAGGGUCUCUACUCUUGUAAUGAAGUUGGAUUUGAAUUGUUCUCAUCACCCAGUUUUGCACCAUAUAUACUCAUCCUAUGAAUUAUUCUCUUAAAAAAACAAACAAAAUUUGUGUUGCCUUUUAAAGCAAGCGAAACCAACUUGUUUGUGUGUGGCACAUGGAAAGGGAGCAACCUUUUGCCCAGCCAGUAGAGAGCACUGUGUUCAGCCUUCUAUAAACGCCACAUCUCUUCCUGUUAUCUGUUUGCUCUCCUCUGUUCUUCCCUCGCUGCAGUGAAUCAAUGGCACACCUGUUCUCCCAGCCUCCCAGUCCCAUUGGUUCCUCCCUCGUGGGUACAAAAUAAUGAAUAGAUCUGUUUUACUCUUCUUCAUUUCAAUUGGUGGUGGUUAUAAUAAAGGAUUUAGACUGUGUUUCAAAGGUUUAUUUUCUUUUUUAUUUGUUUCUCUAUUAAAGUGUUUUUAUUGAAA